CUCGCUCCAGACGCACGUGAACGCGCCCGACAAGAAGAAACUCUCGCACGCUGGCAAACGGGGUCACGAACUAUGACCUUUCACUGGAGUAAAAAACAAUAACAAAUAAUGUGCAAUAAACGUGAAGGCAUAAAAAACACGUCUGUUCAUAUGACAGGUGGAGGUGUUGUUGGCAGAUGCAGAACCGGUCCAAUCAGACACUUCUAAUGACUUCACAUGACCAUGACAACCAAUAUGGAGGUGCUGGCUCAGCAGAUAUUGAGCACUGAGCAGAUUUCAGAGGUACAGUCAUCUCCGUCAGACAGCUCAGUGAUGAGCAACUCUCCUCAGCGCAUUCAGAUCAUCUCCACUGACCCCUCCAUCACGACCCCGCAGAGAAUACAGGUACACACACACACACGCACAUGCACACUUUUUGACACAGACACAUUCACACACACACUUUCUCUCCCACAGAUAGUCACUGACCAGCAGACGGGUCAAAAAAUUCAGAUAGUGACGGCACUGGACUCGAGCACUGUUCCCAAACAGCAGUUCAUCCUGGCAUCGCCGGAGAGCACCAGUGCCAAACAGCUCAUCUUCGCCACCGCUGACAGUCUGGUGCCCGGACGGAUACAGUUUGUGACAGAUGCAGUGUCAGUGGAGAGGCUUCUGGGUAAAGGGGCAGACAUGAGCCGAGCCCAGUCUAUAGAGUACUGCCUGGUGUGUGGAGAUAAAGCCUCAGGGAGGCAUUAUGGGGCAGUCAGCUGUGAAGGUUGUAAAGGCUUCUUCAAGCGAAGUGUGCGCAAGAGUUUGACUUACAGCUGUCGCAGUGGCCAGGACUGUGUGGUCAACAAACACCACCGCAACCGCUGCCAGUUCUGCCGGCUCCGCAAGUGCUUGGAGAUGGGCAUGAAGAUGGAGUCUGUACAGAGCGAGAGGAAACCCAUCGAUCUUCCCAGAGAGAAACCGGCCAACUGUGCAGCGUCCACUGAGAAGAUCUACAUCAGGAAAGACCUGCGAAGUCCCCUCAUCGCAACACCGACCUUCAUCUCUGAGAGAGACGCUUCACGGUCCAGGCUGUUGGACUCUGGGAUGCUUGUCAAUAUCCAACAACCUUUAAUACAGGCUGAUGGCACAUUACUAUUAGCAACAGACAAAGCGGAGUCAGGACGGGGGGAUCUGGGGACGCUGGCUAAUGUGGUUUCGUCAUUAGCAAACCUGAACGACUCGCUCAGUAACGGAGAAUCGACAGACGCUCAGCUGGAGGAUUCACCCAGUGAAAUCACACGUGCCUUCGACACGCUGGCUAAAGCCCUGAACCCCAGUGAUGCGGCGGAGGGGCGGAGCUUGUCGCAGGUGGACGGGGGGGGCGGAGCUACAAUACAGGUGAUCAGCAGGGACCAGAUCACACCGCUCAUAGAAGUCGAGGGACCUCUGCUUACAGACACACACGUCAGCUUUAAGUUGACGAUGCCCAGUCCGAUGCCUGAGUAUCUGAAUGUGCACUACAUCUGUGAGUCUGCGUCACGCCUGCUCUUCCUCUCCAUGCACUGGGCGCGCUCCAUCCCAGCAUUCCUUGCUCUCGGGCAGGAGUGUAACACGGCUCUGGUACGAGCAUGCUGGAAUGAGUUGUUUAUUCUGGGUCUGGGUCAGUGCGCUCAGAUCAUGAGUUUGUCCACUAUUCUCGCCGCCAUCGUCAAUCAUCUGCAGUCCAGUAUCCAGGACGACAAGCUAUCGAGUGAGCGCAUCAAGCUGGUGAUGGAGCACAUCUGGAAGCUGCAGGAGUUCUGCAACAGCAUGGCCAAGCUGCAGACGGACGGAUACGAGUACGCCUAUCUAAAAGCCAUCGUCCUCUUCAGUCCAGAUCAUCCAGGUUUGAGCAGCUGUGGCCAGAUUGAGAAGUUCCAGGAAAAAGCGCAGAUGGAGCUCCAGGAUUAUGUGCAGAAGACCUAUCCUGAGGAUACCUACAGGUUGGCCCGAAUCCUGUUGCGUUUGCCAGCGUUGCGGUCGAUGAGUUCCAAUAUAACGGAGGAGCUGUUUUUUACAGGCCUUAUUGGCAACGUACCGAUCGACAGUAUCAUCCCAUAUAUCCUUAAAAUGGACACUGCGGACUACAACAGCCAAUCGACAGGCCUCGCUGUGUGAUCUCACACACAACUCCCAUCAUCCCUCGCAUAUAUAUCACAUCAUACUGAACCGACCAACAAGCUCUACCUCAAGAGGAGCUGCGACAGUGAAAGCCUUUCAGUGUGUGUGACCCUACAAAUGUUGUGUUGUAGUUUACAGAAAGGUGCAUUCUGGGACUGGACGUUUGCCUCAAAAAUUAAACAAAUGCCUUUCUUUUUUUAAACCAUAAUUAAAAAAAAAAAACAGUUGAGCACUUCAUGAUGAUUCCAAUGGAUACAAUCCAAGAUGAAUUUUUUUUUUUUUAUGACUUAUGAAAAUAAUAUCUACAGCAACGGACUGUUGAACGAUCCUUUCCCAUGGAAGACGCGAUCCUCGAUUGAAUGUAACCGUCGAUAUCAAGACGCUUCUCUGGAUCCCUGAAUCUAGGUCACAUUUGACAGUUAUCAUAAUGCAGUUAUUAAUAUGAAUGGGAAUAUUGUGUUUCCCACCGCUCAUUAUUGCUCUGUACUGCCGUCAUGACAAUCAGCUUCUCCUCGAUAUCCUUUAUUUAUUAUUUCACUGAGUCCAACUCUAAAGUCCAUACAAAUGUAGAUGAUUUCAGAAAUCAUCUGUGUUAUUAAAUGGCACAUCUUUAUAGCA